AUGGGUUCAAUCGCCGAUCCCGGCGAGUUGACUCAGCCGAGCUUCGACGAGUUCCAGAGACAAACCUCUCUCAUGACGAGCUGUACUCUUCUCUGGAAAGAACUCUCCGAUCACUUCACUUCUCUUGAACAAGACCUCCUGAAGAAAUCUGAAGCUCUCAAAGCAAAACUCAAAACCCUCGACACUCAAACCAAACAGUCACUCCAAGAACUUGAGAAACGCGAAACCACCAUGAACAGUUCAAUCGAAAUCGCGCUUGGAAAAGUCCAAGAGAACAAAGUACUCGCCAUCAAUUCCAGAAAUGACACCGUUACAGAGCCCGAAGUGGAUGAUUCUGAAGAUCCGGCGAGAUUUGUUUUGGAGGCUAUAUCGGAGGUGUUUCCGGUGGAUACAAGGGAGUUGAAGAGUGAUAGAGUGAAUGACUUGGGUUGGGCUUGUGUGUUGAUGUUGGAGUCGUUGAUUCCAGUGAUGGUGGAUCCAAUACUGGGGAGUGAGAGGAUGUUGGUGACGCCUAGAGUGAAGGAAAGGGCAAAGGAGAUUGCGGAGACAUGGAAGAAGAGCUUGGAGGAAAGGGGAGGGAUUGAGAAUGUGAAGACUCCGGAUGUUCAUACGUUUCUGCAACACUUAGUGACUUUUGGGAUUGUUAAGAAAGAGGACGUGGAGUUGUAUAGGAAGCUUGUUGUUGGGUCGGCGUGGAGGAAGCAAAUGCCCAAGCUCGCUGUUUCGCUCGGUUUGGGUGAUAAAAUGUCUGAUAUGAUUGAAGAAUUAAUUAGCAGGGGACAGCAGGUUGAUGCUGUGCAUUUUACUUAUGAAGUUGGCCUUGUGGACAAGUUCCCCCCUGUUCCCCUUCUGAAAGCUUUUCUGAAAGAUGCCAAAAAGGCUGCAACGUCUAUUUUGGAGGAUCCCAACAAUUCCGGGAGAGCUGCGUUAGAGAAGACAAAGGGUGAGAAGAAAAGGCCUGCUGCUGCAGUCCCUGCCAAUAAACGAACACGAGCCAGCAAUGGUGGGCCCAUGCCCCCAGCAAAGGCUGGCCGUUCGACAAAUGCUUAUGUUUCAUCUUUCCCAACAGGGCCCACAUUCGUCAGGUCUCCCUCUCAGGCUCAGUACACUGCUGGGGUUCCAUCAUAUCCAGCAUCACCUGCUAUGUAUGGCCAUGGCAGCAGGAGCCCACCAUCCAACCCCUAUGUUUACUCACCUGAAGCAGCCCCUCCUGCCAUUGCUGGACCAUAUCCAGGAGCACCAAUGAACUAUCCUGCAUACGGAGGAUAUGGAAAUGUUAUGGCACCAGCUUAUCAGCAAGCUUAUUACCGAUAG